AUGGGCUGUAUCCAAAGCAUCACCUGCAAGGCGCGGAUCCGGCGCGAGAACAUCGUGGUGUACGAUGUGUGCGCCACCAUCGACCAGUGUCCCACGCGCAUCGAGGAGACCUCGCCCAUCGUCCUGCGCUACAAGACCCCCUACUUCAAAGCCUCGGCCCGCGUGGUCAUGCCCCCCAUCCCCCGCCACGAGACCUGGGUGGUGGGCUGGAUCCAGGCGUGCAACCAGAUGGAGUUCUUCAACACCUACAGCGACCUGGGCAUGUCAAGCUGGGAACUGCCUGACUUGAGGGAAGGGAGAGUAAAAGCCAUCAGUGACUCAGAUGGGGUGAGCUACCCUUGGUACGGGAACACCACAGAAACUGUGACCCUGGUUGGCCCCACCAACAAGAUCUCCAGGUUCUCCGUCAGCAUGAAUGACAACUUCUACCCAAGUGUGACGUGGGCAGUGCCUGUGAGUGACAGCAAUGUGCCACUGCUCACACGAAUCAAGAGGGACCAAAGUUUCACUACCUGGCUGGUGGCCAUGAACACCACCACAAAAGAGAAGAUCAUUCUGCAGACCAUCAAGUGGAGGAUGAGGGUGGACAUUGAGGUGGACCCUCUUCAGCUUUUGGGGCAACGGGCCCGGCUGGUGGGCAGGACUCAACAGGAACAGCCCCGGAUCCUGAGCCGGAUGGAACCCAUCCCCCCUAAUGCACUAGUGAAGCCCAAUGCCAACGAUGCCCAGGUCCUCAUGUGGAGGCCCAAGCGAGGCCCACCUCUGGUUGUGAUCCCUCCUAAGUAGAAGCAGACUGGCCUGACUGUGUGUGGAGCACACGCUGCUGAGACAUGCAGUGAGGUUGCCAGGAAUGGCAGGAGCCAAACUGAGUUUCUGAGCCAAAGCCGACCUCCCGGUUUGCCAGCCUUUGCAGCCACCUGCGAAGAGUAGGGCUGCUCCUUGGGUGGUAGAACCAUAAUCCUUAGGAAAAGUCCCUUCCUUUUAGGAAUAAAGGAAUCACUGAUUUGACAGACUUGCUGUGAUUACCAUGCAAGUAGCCAUAUUUUGGAGCUGACCAAGAUGAUUCUUUUGUUUGAACUAUUGACCAUUUCUUUCCUGUGAGAUGCAGGGGAUGGAAACGAAACUAAACCGUGCCUGUGGCAAAUGCUGCUUCCCAACCAAUUAGAAGUGGGAGUGAAAACAUCCACACCAGGUGUCCUGGUAGGACAAGGCAAGUCCAGCAAGCAGAACCACACGGCAGAGACUGAGGAGAAGGAAAUGAGCAAUGGCUGGUGGCUCCAGUAGCUGAAGGCCUGGACAGCUGGUUUUCCAUUAAAACGAGUGCCAUCCUGCCUGUCUCCUCACCACCCUCCCUUCCACGAGCAGAUCCCUCCUCUCCCCACUGUGUGCCACGUGGCACUCGCCAUGGAUGGGCCGACUGGGCUGGCUGGUUGGCUCAUAGGGAGCUGGGUUGAAGUGGGAGUUGUGCCUGCUGUAGCAUUUUGUGUAUGGAGAGAUUGGGUUCAUCCAGAUCUCAAGUCCAUCCCCGACCCUCCAAAUAGAUGAAGAGCUGGCCAGUCUGAACUUCAAAUACUCAAACCCUGCCUUCCCUCCCUAUACACUUUUGGGUGUAGAACUGAAGGCAUAUCUAUGUCCCCUCCUCCUCUCUUCUCCACAUGGGUGGCCCGUGUCACUCUUGAGAUUCCGUGAAGAUCUCCAAUCCUUGGAGAGCCAAGGCCAAAGUCACCUCUUGUUUCCCUACCAUGGCCAGGCUGGGUGCUUUCUGGUGACCAAGGGCAAAACAUAUGUCACCAGGAGAAGUGGGGUGAGGGAAGAACCACCCUGAGGGCAAAAAUGGGAUGUGUUCUUUUAUUUAUUGGUUAUUUAUUGUCUUGCUUAUGGAUUUAUUUAUUUAUGAACUAUGUAUUUAUUAUAGAGUAGAAAACCCACCUCUGUCUUUGAAGCAUCAGCCCCAGAAUUUGUCUUGUUGAGAGCACAGCGAAUGAUUCUUCUCUGAAGUCACAGAAAAGAGGGGGAAAAACUCUCCCCGUGCCCAACACCUCCACCCCAGCCAGGUCUUCAACUUGAAGUGGGAUAAGUAACCACCAGCUAGUGAGGACGUAAACCCGCACCAACAGCAGAGGCCUCCUGACUGGUCAGAGUGCUCGGCAUCCUCCCCAGCCUGCCCUUGCCCUGGUCUUCAAGUCCGGGGGUGCUCCCAGCUCUCCUUUGUGUACUGGGCUGGGGACUGGCCAGCAGCUCCAGCCUGACCAUUCAGAACUCAACUUAUUCUGCUGUGGUACAGUAUUCCUAAUACCAGAUGUACAUGGGGAUCAUCUGAGGGGCCUAAAAAACAUACGCAUGCCUGGUCCCCUCCCCUGAUCCAUUACAGCACAGUCUGUAAGGGUGGAGCCUGGGCACUGGUGUUUUUGAAGUUGCUCAGAUGAUUCUGACGUGAAAAUCAGGUUGAGAAGAACCUUAGUGACUGUCCUCUCUGUCUUCCCUCUCCACCUCCCAGCUCUUCCUCCUUGGGUUCCCAAACUUCCUCUGGAGUCCUCUUCCCAUUCCUCAGCCCUUCCUUCCUCACUACACCUUCCAUGGGCUCAACCAACCUGGGCAGAUCCCUGCAAAGGGGCCGGGUCCCAAGAGGCUGCUGUGUACCCUAAGGCUGCUGUCUACACACAACCUGGGGGCUACUCCUAGACAAUAUGCUGCUUUUCUAGGAGCAGAAACCCACCCCCUGCAGCCUCCCUUUCCCCCUGCAUAUCCCCUGCACCUCCCCCAGCUCCUAAAUUCCAAACAUUUAUAGGCCACUUUGGUGACAUUCCUGUCUCCAAGUCCCAAGCUUGAUAGAUAGUAAGGCCCUGUAACCCAAGGUGUGACUAUGUCUGCAGAGCCACCUGAAUUAACUAAGUGCUGCUGAUGAUGGAGGAAGGGGUCAUUUUGUCCCCAAGCCAAGCCUUCCCCCAGCAACCUGGCCACUGUGCAUCCAAGUCCUGGAUGACCAGGAUGGAUGCCUCCCCCUUCACAUGGGUGGGAUCUCUGUGCCUGAGUGUGUGUGUGUGUGUGUGUGUGUGUGCAUUCACUGUCAGCAUACAAGCCAUCUGGAUCUGCAGGGAUGCCAGAUUUUACUUUACACAUCAUUCCAUUUUACAUGAAAACGACAGAGGACUCUCACUGUCUGUCAGUGGACUUCCACUGCGCCGCACUCCUGAGCCCCAGUGAAUUCCGUGUGAGGCGGAUAUGCAGAAUGUGGUAGUGUAUGUGGCCUGGGGAGCCCUGUGAUGGGGGGAGAGCUCGUUCUGCUUGCCCAUCUCCUUCCUCUAAGCAAGUUCCUGAGCCACCUGUGACCACACACACGCACACACACACACAUACCACUCGGCUGCCACCCAUUCCCCCUGCAGCGUUGCACAUGGCCAGGCCCCCUUUUCUCCAUGCAUCUACGCGUCCCUGCCCCAUGUCCCAUCUCUCAGGGUCCUACUCUCUGAUAGGUGACAGAUCAGUCAGUGGGUGCUAAAGAGUAGAGUGUUCCUCCUUCCUGGGUGUCAUUGACAUUUCCACAGGGGCUAUAGAUAAUGCCUUAAUUGGAAGGACUGGCUGAGAGGUGGGAAUUUCAGGCACAGAAGUGGGCCAGUCAGGGAGAUCAUUUUUUUUUAACAGGAGGGCAUUUUGGAGCCCCGCCCUCAAUCAUGCCUCUCUCUCAGAUCAGCCCUUCAGAAGUGCAUGAGCACAAGCACACUUCGUGUGCAAAUCCCAUCAUUCUGAGACACCGCCUUCACAUUGGCUCUGUCUUUAAAAGUAGAAAAGAAAAAAAAAAAACAUUAAAUUAAUUUAAACCUCUUUGGGAAUGUAGCCUAUUUUUCCACCAGCCACCAGCCACCUGGCCCACCCCAGCCCUGUCCCAUUUCCCUUUGCCAUCUUCUCUUUUCUGCUCGUCCCGUGCCAGUUACUUUACUUGUACGUGUCCUCUCUGCUCCCCCUCCCCGCUCCCAAGGUACGCCCUUCCUUUGCUGUUUUUCCCUGGGAGUUGUGCUGUUUUUCCAUGUCGUCAAGGGCAGAAGAGCAGACUGGGAGCAUGAGCAUGUGUGCAUCACUCUGAAGAAAGAGAAACCAGGUAUUCUGCUGCAGUUUGGAGAAAAACCCAACAAAGGAAGAGACGAAAGCUGGCUCUGCAGAGUGCCUUAAAAAUGACUUUAAUUAGGAAAUUCUGAGUCGUCAGUCUUUGGAUGUUACAUAAACUCGAACAGAUGUUGCAUUUUACUUCUCUGGGAUUAAAAAAGUUAAAUACAGUAUGUAUUCGACAACGA